AUGGAAGGGGAACAAGAAGGUGUAAUCCAAGACACAACACAGAUAGAAGUAGCAGAGAUAGCUCUCAUCUGCGCAGUGGAUUCUAUCCAGGAAGCUCUUAAACAAGCAAAUGAUGAGAUUUAUGAUAAAUAUAUUGAAGCAAUGGCCAAACCAUAUUCAGCAGAAUCAAUUGGACUUGACUGCUAUGAGGUAGCCCAUUUAGGAAAUAUUAUUUACGAUAAAUAAUAUGCUAGUUCUAAAUAGUUAUGAAUAUGAAUCUCUUGAAGAGGCAGUCAGACCUAAAAUUGAUAGGUGGGCCACAAGAAACUGACCUGUUAAAAAAGUUGACAAAAUAGAAUUCUCAGAUUUAGAUAUACAAGAACUUAACAUGUUUGGAGUAGAAACAAUAAGCGAAACAACUCAAGGACCUGAAAAAUUUACAAUAUCCUUUGGCGGUUCAAUCUUGAGUCGUAGAAGCUCACAGCAAUCUAUAAUAUCAAGAUCUUCAAUAAAACUAAAAUCUCGAAAGCAUACUAAAAAACGUCAAUCAAUGGAAAAUAGCCUUGAGCCAGAGUCUCCCAAGCCAGAAGACCUUGAUCCCAAAGAGGAGCCAAAGCAUGUCCAGAUUCCUCUCAAUGAUCUUCCUUCGCCUCGAGAAAUUCCCUUAGAAGAGAAGCUUCUUCGUGACCGUAAGAACAAGCAGGAAGCAAACAAGCAAAAAUAAAGAAAAAGAGCUAACAGAAAGAGUUCAAAGAGAGGAGGAACUCAGAGAAGCCCUUAUGAAAUCUGAAUACAAAGCAGAUAUUAAGAACAAAAAGAUAACAUAUGACCAUCACGGCAAGGUACUCAUGAUCAAAACCCUUUCUGAGAAGAAACUUCCCCCUAAGGUAGAGCCAGGAAUCAUUAUUGAUCGCCAACAAGAGAGUGAGAAGAAAUAAAAAGAUAAAACUGAAGCCAAAACCAAUAGAUUCCUCUCUGAUCCUUAAGAGAACAGGGCACGAUGAUAUAAAGUUUAUGACUACACUCAAUGAUUGUCUCCAAGAUCCAACCGGAAUCAUCAGCCUUGAACCUGGAGUUAAUCUUGAAACUAACGGAAGGUUCAUGCCAGGCCCUGACCUAGAAAAUAGCAAAAUGACACUUGAACAAUACUAUAUUUACUGCCAGAACAACGAAAAUGACCGUAUUAGGUAUGACAAGACUGGGAGUAACUCCCAUUCGAAAAUCCCUGAAGUAAGAGAGGGCAGUUCCACCUGUGAAAACAUAGAGAAUAUCUUUAUCCCUAAAAAUGGCAACUUCUUGGAAGUUCCAAAGGCAGGCACUGGCCUGACCAAAAAGAAGAGGCCAAAAACUGGGCGUAAAUUUAUUCCAAAAAUAACGGGAGACUUCACGAAGGCUAAAAUUCUUCAAAAUGAACCAGCAGAUAAGAAGGUAGAUUUUGAUGCUUCGAGAAAGAACUCCACAUUAAAUAGUGGAAGGUUUGGAGCCUCUAGAAGAAGUGUGCUGAAUGCAAAGAGUAUUCAUAAUUCUAACCUCUCAAGAAUAUCUAAGCAGAAUCCUGCAUUAAAAUCAAUAGCAAUGAAGAAAGGAGUCAGACCUCAGACAGCAAAGAACUACUACACUCAAAAUAUUAAGAAAAUUCAGAAUAAUAUCAAGAAUCUUGGAGUUAAAUAAUUUGCUUCAUAAACCACUAAAUUCACACCAGAUUAAAGAAGCUGUGAUAAAAUAUAAGAAUGUGGAUGAACAAGCCCAACACGUACCUGGAGGUUCUAAAACCCAUUCUAAAUCUCCGUUCCUAUCAAACCCAGCAAUAUCAGCCUUCGACCAGUUCAACCGUGACCUUCUCACCCACAUUCCUUCCACUACACUCAACCCCUCUUCGAAACCUCCUCGAAUAAGGUCAGCCAAAAGACCUAAAAUCCAGUCAUCAAAAGCCAAAAUUCCCAGAAUUUCUUCGGCGAAAAUCUUAAAAAAUGACAAAAGUUCGAAAAAUAUGAAAAAUCGUAUGUUUUUGUAA